AUGAACGCACCAAGCAUGAAUGCAGGAAGCGGAAACACCUGAUCUAAAACGACGCUUCUGAUUGGCUACGAUCGGCUCAUUUUGAAAACGUACUCUGGUUUGAACAAAGACGAGGGAGCGAGCGAGCAGAAAUCAACAAGAAGAAGGUCAAAGAAAUAGUGGGUGCGAGACAAAAUGACCAGACCAGCAAAGGGCAAAACACCCCGGCGACAAGCUCCCAAAAAAAGCGGCCAGAAAGACCCAGUUGGGGUUUACUGUCGUGUGCGACCCCUCGGCGGAGAAACCGAAGAAUGUUGCAUCGAGGUGAUCAGCAGCACCACCAUCCAGCUGCAUGCACCCGAAGGCUUCAAAACAAACCGCAAUGGAGAAUACAAAGAGACACAGUACUCCUUCAAAAAAGUCUUUGGAGUGUUAGUGUCUCAAGUGGAGUUGUUUGAGAGUGUCGCCAAGCCUCUCGUUGAUGACCUCAUCCAUGGAAGAAAUGGGCUCCUCUUUACAUAUGGCGUGACGGGAAGUGGGAAGACGUUUACCAUGACUGGCUCUCAGGGCCUAGGUGGACUUCUGCCUCGCUCUCUUGACAUGCUCUUCAACAGCAUUGGGUCUUUCCAGGCCAAGAGAUAUGUCUUUAGGUCAGAUGAUAAAAAUGGCAUCGAGAUCCAGAAUGAAGUCGAUGCCCUGUUGGAGAGACAAAGGCGUGAAAAUGUUUGCGCUCCCAAAACGGCCUCAUCCAGGCAGAAGGUGGAUCCUGAAAUCGCUGACAUGAUUAAGCCGGCCGAGGCGUGCAAAGCAGAUGACGUGGAUGAGGACAGCAGCUACAGCGUUUUUGUGUCCUACAUUGAAAUCUACAACAACUACAUUUAUGAUCUCCUCGAUGAAAACCAGGAGGAUACAUUUAGGCCCAAGUGGAAUGGUGGAGGCACACCUCUGCGUCAGAACACUGACUUUACAGCACCUCAGUCUAAAAUUCUCCGAGAGGACCAGAACCAUAACAUGUAUGUUGCCGGUUGCAUGGAGGUUGAAGUCAAAUCUGCUGAGGAGGCCUUUCAAGUCUUUUGGAAAGGUCAGAAGAGGAGAAAGGUGGCCAACACCCGGCUCAACCGCGAGUCCAGUCGCUCCCACAGCGUGUUCACUAUCAAACUGGCGCAGGCUCCUCUGGACGCAGAUGGCGACAGCAUCCUUCAGAACCAAGUGGCUGUCAGUCAGCUGUGUCUGGUGGACUUGGCAGGAAGCGAGCGAACAGGCAGGACAGGGGCCGAGGGCACUCGCAUACGUGAAGCAGGAAACAUCAAUCAGUCUCUACUGACCCUGCGCACGUGUAUCGAGAUCCUGCGAGAGAACCAGAUGUGCGGUACAAACAGGAUGGUUCCCUACAGAGACUCCAAAGUCACCCAUUUAUUCAAAAACUAUUUUGACGGAGAAGGGAAAGUCAAGAUGGUUGUCUGCGUCAACCCAAAGGCCGAUGACUACGAAGAAACCUUGCUGGUGAUGCGCUUUGCCGAAAUGACGCAGGAAGUGGAAGUGGCUCGGCCGCUGGACCGACCCAUCUACGGCUUCACGCCGGGCCGCCGCAAUCGAAACCAGGCUUUCAAAGAGGAGCUAUCUCGCAAGUUGGAGGAGCGAGGUGGUCCAGUCGACACAGACAUAACUUCAGUUUUGAACUUGGCGACGCACAGCCUCCCUCCUAUCCCCUCCAUCGAGGUUACGGACGCUCACGAUGACAUCACCCUGCCGAGGCUGAUCGACGCUCUGCAGAACAGACACCGAAUCAGACGGGCCAUGUUGGAAGACUACAACAAAGCAGCCAGCAGGAUGACAUCUCUUCUGCAACAGCUCGACGGCAAUAUCAACUCCAAAGAGAAUUACAUGCACGAACAGAACAGCAAGCUUUUGGAGAAGGACAAGAUCAUCCAAAACAACACAGCAGAAAUUGAGCGCUUGGAGAAAAAAGCAAAGAUGCUUGAGCAUAAGAUUGACAUCCUUCAGAAAACCACCAAAAUCUACGAGGACGACAAGCGUUCCCUGCAGCACGAGUUGGAAACGAGAGCGCAAAGGCUGCAGAGGGAGCUGUCCGAGAAGAGACGCAUGGAGCAGCGCAUGCACGGGGCUGUCACCGACACGCAGCACAAGUGGGAGAAAGAAUGCGAGAGACGCGUGAACGCCAUGCAGCAUGAGAUGCAGAACAAACUGUGGGUGAAAGACGAGAAGCUGAAGCAGCUGAAAGCCAUCGUGACGGAGGGCAAGACGCCGAGUCAUCCUGAUCCGCCGCCCCGUCAGACGCAACCCAAGUCGGCGCCGCCCCCCAGGGAAGAACGAGUCCCAAUGGCUGCAAAAAGAUCUGCCUCGCCUUCACCGGCGACGUCGACGCCAGUCCGGCCCCUGCACCGGCGCUCCCGCUCAGCGGGUGGAGAAAAGUGGGUGGACCACAAGCCUUCCUCCAGCCUGGACUUGGGAACGGUGCUCCAGCCCAUCAUUCCCAACGCCAUCAAAGUGUCUGCGCCCAAUGAGAAGGUGCUGUCCAAGUGCGACAGAUACGUGUUGACGCACCAGGAAAUUGCCUCUGAUGGCGAAAUCCAGACCCAACUUAUUAAGGGUGAUGUGAUGAAGACCAGAGGAGGGGGACAGGCUGUCCAGUUCACUGACAUCGAGACAUUGAAACAGCAGCUCACCAACAUCGAAUGCCGCAAAAGGAAGUCUUCAGAAGGAGAUGGCAGUAAUCAAAAAGGUGGAUCUUUGGCCGAUGUGGAGAACAGGUGCGCUGUCGCAAUGGAGAUGAAGGCUGGCUCCACGAUGGGACCUGGCGUUGAGCAUCAUUGCAUCACUAAGCGCAGAAAACCCUGAAAGCAGAAAGCGGUUCCACUGAGUAUCACUCCAUUUUGGUCUUUUUGUGCAAUAUUUCCAAAGCUUUUUUUUUUUUUUUUUUUGUAUCUUUGCUGGUAUUUAACAUUCAUCACUUCUGUAUUAUUCAAGUGUACACUUCCAAAGCUGUUCAUAAAAUAUUUCAGGUUUUGUAGGACCAGCAGAAUUUGUGGUAUCUAGGUCAGUUUUGUAUGGUGUGCAUUGUGUGUAUCACCUUUAUAGUUUUUGUACUGUAGUCUAAAGUUUAUAAAGUAUGUUUUUUUUUUUCUCGA